CAACACACCUCGGGUUUUCCAGUCGUUCGUUCUUUCUCGUAGUUGCUAUUGCGGCCAUUAUGUUGGCCAUUCUCCUCAAGACCUGGGUGGCGAGCGUUGUUCUUUUCUCGUCAACCAAUGCUUUGCCCAGUUCAUAUACAGGGCUGCCGAGCCUUCUUGAUGCUACUGCAGAGGAACUUGCUCUUGGUCUUGAGAAUAACCAUUUCUCCAGCGUAGACCUUGUUAAUGCAUACACAAAACGUAUUCUUGAAGUGAACGACACGCUGCAUGUGGUGACGGAGAUCAACCCUGAUGCCUGGAAAAUUGCAAGCGAGCUCGACGAAGAGAGGGCUGCAGGAAACAGCAGAGGACCGCUCCACGGCCUUCCCGUCCUGCUCAAGAACAACAUCGCCACAGAUGACUUGAUGAACAACACAGAUGGAUCUUACGCUCUUCUCGGUGCAAAAGUGCCACGUGAUGCAACGGUUGUAGCAAAGUUACGCAAAGCAGGUGCCAUCAUUCUAGGGAAGGCCAACCUAUCGCAGUGGACCAACUUUCGUUCUUCGAAUUCGUCUAAUGGAUGGUCCUCUCACGGCGGUCAAGUAUACGGGGCAUACUACCCCGGUCAAGACCCUUGGGGCUCUUCGUCUGGAUCCAGUGUGGCUAGCAGUCUUGGUCUUGCUGUUGCGACGUUGGGCACAGAAACCGAUGGAUCGAUCAUUCUCCCAAGUCACCAGAAUAAUGUCGUCGGCAUCAAACCUACUGUUGGCUUGACUUCACGCGCACAAGUCAUCCCCGUCUCCGAGCACCUCGAUACCAUAGGUCCCAUAGCCCGCACAGUCAAAGACGCCGCGUACAUUCUACAAGCAAUGGCAGGAACCGACCAAUACGACAACUACACCUCCGCCAUCCCCAACAACGGCACUCUCCCCGACUAUGUAGCAGCCUGCACCCUCGACGCCCUCAAAGGCAAAAGAAUCGGCGUUCCACGCAACUACAUCGGCGCGCGCACCGAAACAACCGCCCCCAUCCUCGACGCCUUCGAAUCCGCCCUGCAAAUCCUCACCGACGCCGGCGCCACCAUCGUCGACAACACAAACUACACAGCCUACGACCAAUUCAUCACGAGCGGCGCCGAAAUCGCAAUCGUCGGAACAGACUUCAAAGCGAACCUCGCAUCCUACCUCUCGAGCCUGACGGUAAACCCAAACAACCUCACGACCCUCGCCGACAUCCGCGCCUUCACCCAGUCCUUCCCCUUGGACGAAUACCCAGACCGCGACACCGCGACCUGGGAUCUAGUCCUCUCCCUCAACCUCACCACGUCCUCCCCGGGCUAUUGGGCCGCGCACGAAGAAGCCCAGUUCCUCGGCGGCCCCGGCGGGAUCCUCGGCGCGCUCGAGUCGUACAACCUUGAUGCCGUCGUCACGCCUUCGUACAUCUCCGCUGGCAUUUCCGCGAUUAUCGGCGCGCCUGUUAUUAGUGUGCCGUUGGGUGCGUAUCCUGAGGAUACGACGGUGCGCACGAAUCCCAGGGGGGAUUUGAAUUUGACGGCACCGAAUGUGCCGUUUGGGAUUAGCUUUUCCGCGGGGCUGUGGAGUGAGGUUGACUUGAUCGGGUUUGCGUAUGCGUUUGAGCAGAGGACUAAGGUUAGGGAGAUGGUGAAGCCGGUUGUGAAGCCGUCGACGGAGUUGUGGGAUGUUGGGAGGAAAUGA